AUGCUUUUUAUCUUUUAUAUAUAUUUCUUCAUUUUCUUUCUUUUCUUUUCUUUCUUUCACUCUGUCCACGUCUUUGUUUAUUUCACUCCGUCCUUUUCUUUCUUUCUUUGUUUCUUUCUUUCUUUCAUUCAUUCUAUCUUUCUUUCUUUUACUCUGCUCACAUAUGUAUUUAUUUUACUCAACAUCCUUUUCACUUUCUUUCUUUUACUCUGCUUACUUAUUUAUUUAUUUUACUCAGCCUCUUUCUUUUUUCUUUCUUUCUUUCUUUCUUUUUCUUUUUUCUUUCUUUCUUUUUUCUUUCUUUCUUUCUUUUUCUUUCUUUCUUUCUUUUUCUUUUUUCUUUCUUUCUUUUUUCUUUCUUUCUUUCUUUCUUUUUCUUUCUUUCUUUUUCUUUUUUUUCUUUCUUUCUUUCUUUUUCUUUCUUUCUUUCUUUCUUUUUCUUUCUUUCUUUCUUUCUUAAGCGUAUUCUCUAAACCUACACUCAUCUUUCUUACUCUUCUUCGCUGCUUUAUUCUUCUUUUCUUGAUAUACACAUUUGUUUCUCCUUUAUUUUUGUUUCCAUCAUUCACAAAACUUCUCUCUCCAUCCCUUUCUCUCUCUCUCCCUCACACACACACCCGCCACACACAGACGAAAACUUUUUGUUUUCUCUUUUUUUUUACUGAUCGACAAUUCUUUUCUUUAAAUGAUUCUCUUUACUUCUUUCUUUUCCUUUUUCCGUCUUUCUUUAUUUUCCUUCUUUUUUUUCUUUUCGUUUCUCAUGUUUGUCUCUCCAUUUUUCCAUUCAGUCUUUUCUUUUUUUUCCCUAUAUUUUCUAUCUUUAUAACUUCCUCCUUUUCUUUCUCCGCACUUUCAUCGGAUAGGAAAAAGUCUUGA